AUGGUUUCUAGAAAAGAAAGUCGGCAUGAAAGUGGCCAUAAAAGUGCGUGGGAGGAAGAAGCUUUGUUAGAGCUUCUCUUUAGAGCCCCAAAUUUGGUAACUGAUGAUGAUCUACUAAACAUAUCUUUGAGCAACUUAGCUAAGAAUGUGAACGAUGAAUCACCAGCUUCUGUGAUCAUGAGAACCUAUUGUCGGUGGCUCGAAGUCCAGCGUCGAAGCCCAUUACAACUAUUUAAAGCCUGGCCAAACACGAUCAAACAGUGGGUGGAAUCAUUGGAGCACCGUGGAGUUGACAAGGAAGCAGUGAUCGCACACGUUAUAGAUUGGAAGAAAGCCAAUGGUCCUUCCACGCCCAAUGGCCCGAAAGGACGGAUUGAGGAAAAGCACCUUCCUUCCGUUGAUGAGAUUGAAAAGGUGUUUGGUGAAAAACGCGGCUUAAACAAAGAUAAACCUUCGGAGAAAGGAUACUCUGACAGAGGUGAGUAUCGAUCGGGCAAGCCCUCAAGUAAAUCAGAUCUCGGAGAUAGUCGCUCAGAGUAUGUCCCAACGAGUUAUAUCUGCAAUCGAUGCGGGAAGAAUGGCCACUUGGUCAAACAAUGUCCAACAAAUAUGGUGGAUAAUCAUUAUCAAAGUACAAUGCAUUUUCAGGAUCCUGCUUUUGACAAAAAGCCACCGGGGUCAUAUAAAUGCUCGAUUUGUAACAAAUUCGGAAAGCACUGGUAUUCCCUAUGCCCAGAGAACACAAGAAAAGAUUCGAUCACCCAAAAACGUCUGGUUUCCGGGAUGAAAGCCAAAACCCAACAAAGAACCUUGGAUAAGAGAGAUGACUGCAAUAUGAAACGAGAGGGAAUGACAACAUUAAACAAUUUAAGAAUCAAAGGCGCGGAGCGGGAUUCGAGGCAUUGGCGAGGUGGAGACUUGGAGAGAUUUGAAAAAUCAGGUUCUUCUCAACCAGAACAAGCAAUGGCUUUGGAUCACGAUAUCGACCGAGAGCCAGGUUUGCCAACUCGUAACAGCAUGCUUGAGCAACUUGCCGAUAUCGAGGAACGCAUACACAGAGCCUCCGUGGCCAUGGCAGAAGAUACCGGGAUGUCAAUGGAAGGCGUAGCAGGAGUGACCGGUGUGUCGAUCUCCAAUGUGGCUUCUACAAUAAUGGCAGCUAAUCGCAAGCGUGCUCGCUCCAUGGAAAUGAAUGAUACUUGUUACAAGGAGCAUCAACGUAUCAUCAGGCAAAAAACUGGAUAUGAUGAUAGAGAAGAGCUAAUGCAUGGUGUUGAUGACACAAGAUCCCUAUAUUUAGACGCUGAAAGACACGACGCAGAUGCAAGGGGAAUUCUCAAGGAAACGGAUCCCUACACCACAGAAUUUGAGUUAAGCCAAAGACUUUCAAUCAGAAACUCAACAGAUUCAACCGAACAUUCUGUGCAAAGCCCACUCUCUGAUAUGAGCAUGCGCCCACGAGAGGUUUCGCCUAUGGAUACUUCUAGCGAAGACGACAUCCGAACUCCUAUGGAUGAUAUGGAAACAGGGUGUGACUCGCCACGAGUUCGUUCAGAGACACCAGAGAAAAUCUAUUCCGAUUUUGUUAGGAGCUUGAUUGCGAAUCGAACAGAAGGCCAAAUUGUAAACCUGAGAAGAAGACGUCGUACGGCGGUAGAGUUGUGGGAUGAUGAUGAUCAACGUCGCAUGGAGCAGUUGGAUGGUUCAACAACAUCCCCGCAAAGCUCUUCUCCAUUGUCUUCCGCUUCAUCAAUGAACUCAGGUCAUACACUCGAUCAUUCACCAGGCCGAGUUUCAAGUGAGGUCCCUUACUUCAUUCUUGAAAACAACACGUCAGCCUCCGCAGGCUCCGAUAUUGAACUUUAA